AGAUAUGGCAGUCCCCGUUGUCGGUAAAAAUAUCGCUUUGUAUUUUUUCCAUUGUUUCUGUUAUACAUAUCUUUUUCUUAUUAAGGCUGACUUGUGACAAAACAAACAAACAUGACUGUGUGGAUGCGAUGAUGAUAGAGAAAGGCGUGUUCGGUAUACCCUUGGCAGAAUCAAUUAAAUACGCCCAUUCGAGCAUAUCGUAUAUCGACGAUCGUAGCGGGAAACAGUGUUUCGGCGUGAUUCCUACAGUGAUUGCAAAGUGCGGAUCGUUUUUGAAGGAUGAAGGGCUACAGUCCAAAGGCAUCUUUCGGCUGUGUGGCAAUGCCAAGCGGAUAGGGCUGCUUCAGACCAUCUUUGACACACCCGACGAAGAGUAUGGCGCCAAGUUGGAGUGGCGAGGAUAUACCACUUACGACGCAGCCAGCAUCCUCAGAAGGUUUCUGAACUAUCUGCCCGAGCCUGUCAUCACUCACGAAUACUACAAAGCCUUUCGAGAUAUGAGCGAUGCCAGAUUUGAGUCCGAAGAGGACAAGGUGGCCUCGUUCCAGAAAUUAAUCGAACGAUUACCGAUGCCGAACCAAUACCUCUUGCUGUACCUCCUUGACCUCCUCGGCGUCUAUGCCUUGCACUCAGCAACAACCCUCAUGGAUGUGCCGUCGCUUGCAGUCAUAUUUACGCCGGGCAUCCUCUGCCAUCCAGAUGAUAAGCUGAAUCCUGCAAGCUACAAAGCGUCACAACGCGUGAUCCAAUUCCUUGUUGAACAUCAGUCACAGUUUCUGAUGCCCGAGAUAUCCGACACCCAGCAGCAGCUCCAGCAGCAGCUGCAGCAGCAGCAUCAGCAACGACAAGAGUCAUCCGCAGCUGGAGACAGCAGCAAUGGUAAUCUUCAUUUGGGAAGAAGCAGGCUGGCCUGGGAAAAUGAGAAUAAGGCCAUGGAAGACGACGGACGACGCCAUACAGACCCUUGGGUGGUGGAUGCCGGCAGUCGGAAAGCCAGCCUAUACAGUACUCUGUCGUCCAACAGUGCGUCGCUGGGAGUAGCACUACCGUGUGAGGAUCGAUUCGCUCCAUCAGUUUCAGUAGCAAGCCGACGGAAAAAUACGCUGAUGGCACGAGGUAUAAAGCGGUCGAAAACGGCUCCCAGCAGACGGCGGCGUUACGAUUCUCCUCAAGUCGUACACGUAAACCGAUAUCCAAGUCAAGGUCAGUAACCUUUUUGCUUUUUUUAAGAUUGGGUAAAACAUCAUGUGCUCAUAUUCCACACGUUAUACACACAACAACAACAACAACAGGUGCCAACGCGCACAGCAAAUGGUCAGAACGACACAGUAGCAGUGGGAAUCGUUCUUCGCUCCUCGCCCAUUGAGUCCAAUCAUGAUUGUAUAUUCCCCUCCCUUCCCCUUCCUUCCUUCCUUCCUCCUCCUCCUCCUCCUCGUCUUGUUGUACAAAACAAAACAAAAUACACUAUAAUUUUCUCGUCAA